CCAUUCUCAUAUUUUACCAUUAUUACGAGACAGAUAUAUAUACUGCAACCAAAUAAUUCUGCACACGCAAACACAGCUACCUUUACCCAAGUAGAGAUGGCGACGCUCGACACCGACGUCAACAUGGUUCCGGCUGGAGAGGGCUCAUCCGGCGCCGGCCCUUCCAACACCACGCCACAGCCGCCGCAGUCCUCCAAAAAAUCCAAGAAAUUUGAGAUUAAAAAGUGGAACGCCGUCUCGCUCUGGGCUUGGGAUAUCGUGGUCGAUAAUUGUGCUAUUUGCAGGAACCAUAUAAUGGAUCUAUGCAUCGAGUGCCAAGCUAAUCAAGCUAGUGCGACGAGCGAGGAAUGCACGGUUGCUUGGGGGGUUUGCAACCAUGCUUUCCACUUCCAUUGCAUCAGCAGGUGGCUUAAGACUCGCCAAGUUUGCCCCCUCGAUAACAGUGAGUGGGAGUUUCAGAAGUAUGGCCACUAGAGUUUGUUGGAGUGAACACUGGCUUCUUCCUUCACAUUUGCUCAAGAAAGUAACAUCCCUGUAGUUUCUUCUUGGGGCAAAUAUUCGAGAUUCGGAAACCUUGAACUGUCGUAUUUACAUUGAAGUAUAGAAUCCUUCUGCAUCAUUUGGGCAUCCUUAUUUUUCUAACUAGAACAUCAUUUGACAUUUUUACUCUGGCUAGUUAUCAGCAUCAUCAUACUAUGCUAAUGAUUUGUGGAUAUGUCUCUCUUAUUGCUGAUAUAGGAAAGUGAUUAUCUACUUCUAUUUCUUUCUUGGCUA